AUGUCUUUGCGCCUCGAGACACCCUUCAACGACAAAUCAUCCCUCUCCAACGAAGGAUUCAAGAUCCACCUAUUCAGCUUUCAUAGCACUCUUGAACAGCCCCGAAGAACUAUAACUUCGACGUAUCCUCCUCGAGAACUACUCGAUCAUCCAUCACUCCAAGCCAACCGUGCCAGCCAAGACAAUCCAACCGCGAGCCUACCCUCCCUUGAUACCGCCAUCGUGGAUAUCGCAUCACUCCUCAAACGUUCCGACUCAGAUGAGGCCCCCGUGGCUCAUUCCCAAUACACAUCCGCAACGACAAUACCGCCUACCACAACGGUGGCACCACCUGCUCUUGGCGGUUCAUCAUUCGCCACGUUUGCUCCAGCCACUGGCACCCGAUCUCCGAGGUCUAGCGGUGCCGGCGGACCAGGAGCAGGAGCAGGAGGCAGUUUGGGGAAAUCAGGAUCAGGAAGCGUCAACUCAGUUCGUCCUGGAAGCGGCGGGAAACGAACCAUGCCACCGCAUACAUCCGAGUCGCCAGCCAAAAAGCAGAGCAAAUGGUCGCCCGAAGAAGACGCACUGAUCAUCGAGCUUCGCGGAAGCGGGAUGAAAUGGGAUGAUAUUUCCAAGCGUCUACCAGGUCGCAGCUCUAUCAGCUGCCGUCUUCACUACCAAAACUACCUCGAGAGGCGCAGUGAGUGGGAUGAGGAGCGCAAGAACAAGCUGGCAAGGCUCUAUGAGAGGUUUAAACCCGAAAUGUGGGCAAAGGUUGCUGAAGAAAUGCAGGUUCCCUGGCGUGCCGCUGAAGCAAUGCAUUGGCAGUUGGGUGAAGUCGAUAUGGCCAGACGAGCGGGAGUUGUUCCCUUCGCGCUGACUACCGCAGCCUUGGGUGAUGCUUCAGUCAUGCACCAUCGAAUGCCUACUUCGAGAGGCCAUCAUGGUCACUCCCAGUCUCAAGGAAGCCUCCCGAGAGAUAUUCCCACUAUGUCUUCACCAAGGUACAGCCGCGGCCCCCCUGGACCUUUCAUACCACCUCCUUCGUCCGGCGGACGGCCACUGGCAGCUCGGCGCGACAGCUUACCGACACGAUCGUCCUUUGCACCACCCCCUCCGCCACACCAUCAUAGCGACCCCAGCGGCUAUACGUUGGCGCCAGCUAUAGGUCUGGCUCCCAUCCAUACAUCGAGCUAUACUCAUCAGAGUCGUGGGGGGAUGCUGCCAAGCGUCGCCGAAUUGACGACCGGAGUAAGCCCCUACAGCACGCCUGCAUACUCGACGGGUGGCAUGACCAGUAUGGUGAGCCCAACCCACAGUGACACGACGAGCCCUGGACCAACUCAUCCUGGUUACUCCGCCUAUCCGCCCUUGGAACCACUUGGAACCGUCAAAAGACGGGCAAGUCCGGAAGCGGGAGGGAUACGUGAGACAAGCAGGAGACGGCAUCACUUACAGUCUCGACAAGAGGAUGGUUACUCGUCUCUUGGACCGCCACCUGGCAUGACAUCGUCACGACGUGGACAGAGAUUGGAGUGAGGGAGCCAGUCAAGAGCAAAACAAGCUGUGGACGGUGUGAUUGAAGGAAAAUCUAGACUGCUUCUGAUGGACGACCUAUCACGCAUAAAGUUACGUGACUGAGCUGGAAUACUCUGAGACCGAGGACAAGCUUCUCACCAUCAAAGCUACCAGCUCGAGCCAUGACGAGUGUGUUUUUCAUUCUUCCAGACACGCCCCGCCUACGUGUUUGCUGUCAUCAGCCAUUCAAUAAGCACACGCCUAGUACAGGAUAACUUUCGUUUUCCCUCAGCAUUACGAUUAAACAGGCACAAACACACAGAUGCCACCACCCCUUUUUUUUUUUUUUUCUUUUUUUU